CAACGUCAUAACAAUCGGGACGGAGACCCAGUCACCCAGUGAGUAAAUCGCUUCACAUGUUGAGAUGGUUCCAGGGGUGUUCAGACGUCCUCCACUCCUCUCGUCAAGAUAAAGCUAUAGAACCCGGCGUCUAAGACUGAUAUGAUUGGAGUACUGCUGUAAAAGUACUGCAUUGAGGGAGUGAAAAUCUAAUAUUGGGACGUGAAGAAAGGAUCUCUGGUGGCACUCCAUCAUGUCUCGUAACAAGCGUACAGUACUUGUUAUAGAAGAUGAUGAUGAUGAGGAGGACUAUCAGAGCCAAUCUCAGAGUCAGACGGGGGCACAGUUAUCGCCAGAGGAUAAAACUAAACUUGCUGGUAUUGUUUGCAAUUUUUUGCUGGUAGCUGAAAGCAAGAAGAUACCAGUAAAGAGGUCAGAUAUUGUGAAAGCAGUCUUGAAAGAACAUGGACGGCAAUUCACUGCAGUUAUGGCUCAAGCAACUGAUAUCUUGGAAAAGGUUUUUGCUUACAAAGUAGUUGAGUUAGAGAGUAAGAAGAACAAUUACAUCUUGAUCAACAAUAUUGGCACGGCUCAUUCUGACAAUGAAAACACUUGCAAAGGAAGUGAUGCUGCCAAGAUAGGGCUUCUAACUUGCAUACUUGCAGGCAUAUUUAUGACUGGUGAAUUGAUGCCUGAAGGUUCAAUGAAGGAAUAUCUUAAAAAGUUGGAUAUUGAUCUGGAUUCGAAAGAAGUACAUCCUGCUUUUGGCAAUAUCUCAAAACUCAUAAAUCAGGAUUUUGUAAGACAGAAAUAUUUAGAAAUAACCCAGGACACGACUGCAGAUCCUCCUACCCGUGAAUAUCGCUGGGGAGAAAGGGCCCACCAUGAGCUCUCCAAGAAAGAUGUACUUGAAUUAGUCUGCAAGGUAUAUGGAAAUAACAUGAGACCACAGACUUGGACAACACAGUGGAGGGUUGCCCAAGGACAAGAGUAGUGGGCAGUCUCACAUUUUGGACUCGCUAGAUCAUGGAACUUAAACUUUACAUUCCUGUUUGCUUCUGUUUAAUUAUCAUGUUUCCAAUUUUAGCUGUACAGAAAAUAAAAACAGAUUUCACUGUA